CGGUUUUGUUUUGUUUCGUAGAUGCUUUUGUAUUCCAUAUUAAAAUCAUGUGCAAUAUUGACUCUAUUUUUUCUCUAGUUGAACUUUUAUUUGUUGAUCUAUAAGUAGUUAGAAGUAUAUUUUUAAAAAUAUAAAAAAAUAUAUAUUUUUUUGAGAUAAAACAAAUUAAUAAGUUGAACAAUUCCUGUUUGACUUAAAAACAUUCCAAUAGUGAAAUCCCCCAACAGUUCACAUGCCACACGGGUAAAAAUAGUGAAAUCCCUAACAAAUACACAAGCCUUUACCGGCCCUGUCUCUCUUCAAGAAAGCAAAUCUCAAAAGCAUCAACCAUUAAUGGCGGAUAUCAAUGAUUCCGAUGAACACACAUCACCUACCACCCUCAAUCUAACCGAGGAAGGUUCCUCCAAAGAACCCAUGAAGCAGAAACUUGAUAACCCAGAUGAAGAGCCCCUCAAGAAGCAGAAAAUUGGUAACCCAGAUUCCCCUGAAACUCAAGAACAACCUCUAACAGAAACCAACGUAAAAGAAGAAGAACAAUUGGAAAAAAAGGAAAAAAAAUCAGGAGAUCAUGAUCAGAAUGAAUAUCCCUCCAAAGAACAAGCAGAAUUUGAUAGAAAACGGAAAGGUAAGGCAACAUUAAUCGAAGAAGAAAAAAAAUCAGGAGAUGAUGAUGAGAAUGAAGUAACGAUAAUCUCCAAAGAACAACCAGACUUUGAUAGGAAACGGAAAGGUAAGGCUAUAUUAAUCGAAGAAGGAAAACAAGAUGAUGAUGAUGAGAAUGAAGUAAUAAUAAUCUCCAAAGAACAAGCACAAUUUGAUAUGAAAUGGAAAGAAGACAAGGACAAAGAAGCAAUAGAUCUUGAUGAUGAUGAUGACGAUGACGACGACGACGACGAUGAUGAUGAUGAUGAUGAUGAUAGUUGUACUUCUGAUUAGGAUACCGAUUCAUUGUCAUGGAUCAAAGUUUUCUGGAUGAUGUUCAUGGAACAAAAUUGUUAGAUACUCUGUUUUUACAAUUCUUUUUUGAAUUUCUGUUUUGGAGGGAAAAUUUGAUCAAGUCUUUUUUGGAGGGAAAUUCUGUUACAAUUUUUUUAAAUAU